AUGGCCUACAAUCGAGAUCGUGAUCGUCUUUUUGAGUAUCAAGACCCGAACAGAAGCUCAUUCAACUCAUUCCAAAAAGAUACGGCACUGGACAUGGAAGGGGCUCAUUACGAUCGUUUGGGCUCUGCGAAUAGAAACAUGGACAACAUUCUCGACGCCGCGGAGUCCAGUCUUGCCGGACUCGUUGGCCAGAGAGAGCAAUUAAAAGGAGUUAAACAGAAAAUGUUAAAUAUCGCCAAUCAACUUGGAAUGUCUCAAACUGUCAUCAGAUUGAUAGGCAAACGUGCUGAUCAGGAUAGACUCAUCUUGUGGGGUGGCAUGAUAGUGACGAGUUUGAUCAUGUUCAUUAUCUGGAAGUUCUACAUGUGA